GUGGGGCAGGGGAAGGUCCCGUGAAACAGAGGGAUCUGGCUUCCAUUUUCUUUCUUGAAUUUCAUCAUCAAGGCAGCGACGAAUCAAAGCUUUGAGGGGGGCAUCACUGCCCAGGUCGGCAGGCUGGCUGGGAGCCAUGGCCUGGGUGAUGGAGAGGCGCAGAGGCCGAAGGUGCUCUUACUGUGACUAGGGAUGCCCUCUCUCCCUUCCUGUUCACGCAGAGACCUGGAGAAGGUAGCACGAAGCCACGGAAAAUGGAUAAAGGCUGAAUGCAGCAGCAGGAGCCUCGACUGAUGUGCCGUCUGCUGUGACCCUUCCAGAGAGGACACCGGGGCAGUCCAUGGGAAGGUGGUGGGCCCAGGCUGACGGCUGUGCUGCUGCAAACAGGGUGCUCCUUGCCCAGAGAUCACUGAUGUCACGGGAGGCCUCUGAUGGAAGAGGCUUGGAUCAAUCGCUACCGGAAGCAACUGGUGAGGUCUAUCUCACCCCAAUUCCUGGAGGAGAUCAUCUGCUACCUGCAGAAGCUGGACAUCCUCACGGCGGAAGAGGCCGGCCGUGUGCAGGAGGCGAGCUCCGGGCCGGAGCAGGUGAAGGCUGUGGUGGAUGUCCUGGCUAGCAAGGGCAAUUACGCCUCACAGUCCCUGCAGACCUUCAUCGAGACCACCAAUUCCCAGCUCUACCUCCACAUCACUGUCUAUGAACCAAUGGUGCAGAAGCAUUUGGAGAGCCUCCAAAAUUACUAUGGGAACAGCUUGGAGACGGGCCCCCUGCAGCGACUCACAAACCUCCUGCUGGUGGAGGGCUUGACAGAUAUCCAGCAGAAGGAGCAUGACAUCCUGCAGAUCGAAGCUACCAAAGGCCUAAGAAACGCAUCCAAAAGCAUCCCUUUAGAAAAGUUCUUCCUGCCUCUGUCCAAAGUCAGCAUCCCCCCUCGGAUCUCCAUGACCGUGGGGGUGGCUGGGAUUGGCAAAAGCACACUGGUGAAACUGUUCGUCUACACCUGGGCAAAGGGGGAGAUCAACAGGGACAUAAUUUUUGUGUUGCCCCUCACCUUCCGGGAACUCAACACCUAUGAGAAACUCUCCGCCGAGAGGCUCAUCCGGUCAGCGUUCCCUCACAUCACUGAGCCAAACUGCAUCUCCGCGGGAACUGCCAGGACGCUGCUCAUCCUGGAUGGCUUGGACGAGUUCAAGACUCCCCUGGAUUUUUCCAACACAGUAGUUUGCACUGAUCCCAAGAAGGAGAUUCAAGUGGACAAUUUGAUCACCAAUAUUAUACGGGGCAACCUGUUACAGGAGGCUUCUGUCUGGGUCACUUCAAGACCAACAGCGGCCAGCCAAAUCCCCGGCGGCCUUGUUGACCGCAUGACAGAAAUAAGAGGUUUCAAAGCUGCAGAGAUGAAAGACUUUUUGGACCAGAUGUUCCUCGACAACAGAGACUUAUCCAGCCAAGUCCUGCGUCAUAUCAAGGCUAACAGAUCUUUACACAUCAUGUGUACAGUUCCUGGCUUUUGCUGGAUUUCUGGCUCUUCAAUAGGUUAUUAUCUAAAAAAUAGCUCCGAUCAAGCCCAAGAAAUGACAGUUGUUCCUAAGACCUUAUCAGAAAUCUAUUCCUAUUACUUUAAAAUGGCUUUGAGCAGUGAUUGGCCAGAAAAGCAGAGAGAGACACUCAGGAUAGAGCAAGCUGUGAACAACAGCAAGAAAAUCAUGGGUAACCUGAGCAGACUGGCUUUCUACGGCCUGCUCAAAAGGAAGUAUGUGUUUUAUGAACAGGACAUGAAGACGUACGGCAUAGACCUUUCCUUGCUGCAGAGCAGCUUGUGUGGUAGACUGUUGCUCAAAGAAGAGGUGCAGUCCUUCACAGCCUAUUAUUUCUCCCACUUGACCAUUCAGGAGUUUUUAGCAGCCAUUUACUAUUACACAGCUGCCAAGAGGGCAAUAUUUGACCUCUUCACGGAGAGUGGGAUGUCCUGGCCCAAGCUGGGUUUCCUCAGUCACUUCAAGAGUGCUGUUCAGAGGUCCCUGCAGGCAGAGGAUGGGCAGCUUGAUAUCUUUGUGCGUUUUCUCUCUGGGCUUCUCUCCCCACAGGUGAACAAGCUGCUCUCUGGAUGGCUCCUGGUGAAGGAUGAGCACAACAGCUUCAGAAGCCAAGCAAUCAGCUUUCUCCAGGGCUGCCUGAACACAGACUAUGUUAUCUCCUCAAGGACAGUGAACACCAUGCAGUGCCUAUAUGAAAUUCAGCACAUGGAGAUUGCUAAGACUGUGGAAGAAGCAAUGAAGAAUGAGAGUUUGUCUGGGAUGCUAACGCCAGUGAACUGCUCUGCUCUGGCCUAUCUCCUGCAGGUCUCUGAUGUCUGCAUGGAGGAGACAAAUCUCUCCAACUGCCUCACUUAUAAUGUCUGUAAGAGUUUGCUCUCCCAGCUCCUCUUCUGCCACAACCUCAGACUGGACAACAACCAGUUUAAGGACAACGUGAUGGAGCUGCUGGGCAGCGUGCUGAGUGUGAAGGACUGUCAGAUCCAGAAGCUCAGGUAGGACCUGGACCAGGCCAGAUGGGGCCAUUCGCAGGGGAGCAGCU